AUGGCGAGUUUUUCGUGGUUUCACACAUCAAAUUGGGAUGAUCCUUGGUUGUCCGUGGCUCGAGUACCAUGGCGUGUAACCAAGGCGAAUGCCAAUACCUGCCUUGUGGCGGCACUCAUCCGCGCAUGGCAGGGCGAAGUGAGCAAGAGCAAGCAGGACUUGGAGUUAAAAAAGUGGUUGCAAGCCACCGAGCGGCACGUGAAGCAGCGGAGACAGGCAAAUAAGAACUUGUGCCUGAUCAACUGUGACCGUUUGGCGAAGCAAUUUGAUCUGGCUUUGCUCAGCUUGACCCUUCGAUCGUGGGUACAAACCUACCAGGAGGCCAAGCAAAGUGGCCUGAUGUUGGAUCGUUUGUCAUCCGCCCAGCAGCAGCUGUCGCACUUCGGCGCAAAGAACGCCUUGGCAGCAAGGCAGUGCAUGAUCAAGGCUGCGGAGAUUCUGGAUGAAGACCUCAGCUUGAGGUGUUUCCAAGCGUGGCGUAUGGAUCAAAAGAUGUCCGGGAUUUCUGCGCAGCACAGCACGAAGAUCGAUGGGAAGCGGGAGCAGUUGCAACAGGUGCAAAAGAUGUUCCGCACCUUUGCAGUCAGCCUCGAGAGUCAGACCUCGGAAAUGAAGAAAGAGGCACGCAAAGAGAGGCAACAGAGGCGUGCGGUGACCCUCCACAAGAUGGACACGGGCAGCGUGUCCUUACCCGACAUUCAUCAGCCACGGCCAGGAGAAGAAGCAACCAAGGAGCCCCAAGGUACAGCUGUGGCUUAAACUUUGUGCCAUUGGUUUGUAGUAAUCUGCGGACCGUGGAUUUCAAAUCCAUGCGGCCUCCUGGAAGAUCAGUUGAUAUAGUGACAGGCUGCACCAACCUUGCGCAGAUGUGUGGAUUUUGAGAGAUUGGUG